AUGGAGGAUGGAACAGAGCAGAUGAAUUCCGGAGUUGGCGAUUUGCAUUCGAUUCAAGUUAGUGAAGGCAUUGUGGAUGGUUCAGUGAGUUCAGAUCAAGUAGAUGUAGAUGUAGAUGUUGAUGGAUCUUCAUCAAUUCCAGUUGAUCAAGAUUUGGUUGGUUUGGUAGUAAGUAAUGCUGAUGAGGCUUUUGAGGUGUAUAACAGUUAUGCAUAUAGACUUGGUUUUAGUGUGAGGAAGGGUCAUCAACGAUACAAGGGAGCUACGAACACAAUUCAAAUGAAGAAAUUUUGUUGUUCUAAGGCUGGUUAUAAGGCAAACAGUGGGGUUAAGGCUUAUUCCAAAAUUGACACAAGGACAGGGUGUGGAGCGUUUGUUCAAUUUGACGUGGGUGAUGAUGGGUUGUGGACAGUUACAAAACACGAGAAAGUGCACAAUCACGAGCUAUGUGUGUUCAACAAGAGUCAUCUACUUCGUUCACUUAGGAGUGUUGGAGAUAAUCAGCUCUUAUAUUUACAAGGUUUGAAGGACAGUGGUGUUGCAUUGGCAGAUGGUAUUAGGUUCCUAAAACACCAAUCAGGGGGGUCCCCUUUAGUUGGGUUCACUAGUAGAGAUGCUUAUAAUUCAAUUGCUGCGGAUACUGUCAAGCGAUUGGAUGGAACGGAUUCUAACUCGUUAAUUGAAAUUUUUAGGAGGAGGCAGUCUACCGAGACUGAUUUUUUCUUUGAUUUUGAACUUGAUUUGGAUGCAAGGUUGUGCAGUUUUUUUUGGAGGGAUGGUCAAAUGAGACGAGAUUACGAGGUGUUUGGGGACUUGUUAGUGCAUGAUACGACAUAUCGCACAAACAAAUACGAUAUGAUUUGUGGCCCUUUCGUAGGGAUGAAUCACCAUUGCAUGAACGUAAUGUUUGGAUGCGGGUUUUUGAUGAACGAGAGGAUAGAAUCGUUUGUGUGGUUGUUCAAAGCGUUUUUAAGAUCGAUGGGUGGCAAGUCUCCACAGACUAUUAUGACAGAUCAAUAUGCAGCUAUGGCUGCUGCUAUAUCUAAAGUGUUUCCAACAUCACGUCAUCGUCUAUGCAUAUGGCAUAUUGGUGAGAAUUCAAAGAAGCAUAUCAAGACGUUAAGGAACAGUAAGGAUUUCUUGGAUAUGUUUAACUACGUGUUGAAAUACACAGAGACCGAAGCUGAAUUUCAAUUCUAUUGGACAAGGAAAUUUCAAAGAUUAGUUGUGUCUAGUCAAGAUAGUAGUGUAGCUAGGAAAUUGUGUGAUGAAGCUGUUGAUGAUGUAAAGAAAAAUGUUGAAGCCGAGGUUGGGCAUGUGCAUAUUGAAGAGUGUGGUGUUUCAUCUUCAAGUGGUGGUGUUCAAAAUCCUUCAAGCCGGAGAUUGAAAGGUGAGCGUAACAAAAGGAGGACUGGUGUUAUUGAAAAGAAGUACAGUCUUGCAAGGGGGAGAAGGAGUGCUGCAAAUAAAGCUGCAUUGAGUACAAAGGGUGUUGUUCAGUCUUUGGUGUUGGAAAACAUAUCAAAGCUUGCUGGGGAUGGAUACCUCGUACAUCCAAGUUCUUCGAGUUCAGAUUUUGUUCAGUUUAGUAAGGGUUUAGAUGACAGUAUAGUAGUAGAUUGA